CAACGAAAAUCAAAUCAUUCAAAUCGAUCGUCUGCACAGUGGUCACCUUAUUUCCUGGAAAAACCCAAUCAUCUCUGCCAAACCCUCAAACCCCUAAACCCCAAAACACUCACAUACCGUUCAUUCCUCUGAGAUCUGACCCCUUUCCAAAGCUUCUCAUCGCUUGUGACUUGUGAGCAAAAUCCCAAGUGUUUUCUUCCAUGGAAAAGUGAGUUGAUUGUUGGGUUUUACGGGUUUUGAUUCGAUUACAAAGACAAUGCAAGGGUUCAGAGCCAAGUGCAGAGUAGGAGUUUUGAUCGUCUUAUGCAUUUGGAUCAGCCUCGCUGCAUUGUACGGUCUAUUGAAGCCUGUUUCAAAUGGGUGUGUGAUGACUUACAUGUAUCCUACUUACAUUCCCAUUUCUACUCCUACCCAUUUGGCGUCUCCCAAGUAUGGGUUGUUUUUGUACCAUGAAGGGUGGAAGAAGAUUGAUUUCGAUGAUCAUCUCAAGAAGCUCAGUGGAGUUCCCGUUCUUUUCAUUCCGGGCAAUGGGGGAAGCUACAAGCAGGUACGAUCCUUAGCAGCAGAAUCUCAUAGGGCAUAUCAAGGAGGUCCUCUUGAGCAUGCAUUUUAUCAAGAAGCCUCUCUAACUCCUGAGGAGGGAGGAUUGGAUAUGGAUGUAGCUGGAUUUUCAUUAGCCAAUCAGUAUGCUUCCAUGCUAGACUGGUUUGCUGUCGAUCUAGAAGGUGAACAUUCUGCAAUGGAUGGUCGGAUACUUGAAGAACACACUGAAUAUGUUGUAUAUGCCAUUCAUCGGAUUUUGGACCAAUAUAAAGAGUCUUAUGAUGCUCGUGUGAGAGAAGGUGCUGCCAACUCUGGGCCUUUGCCGAAGAGUGUCAUAUUGGUUGGUCACUCUAUGGGUGGUUUUGUUGCUAGAGCUGCAAUUGUCCACCCACAUUUAAGAAAGUCAGCAGUUGAAACAGUUCUUACACUUUCAAGCCCACACCAGUCACCUCCAGUGGCAUUGCAGCCAUCCUUGGGUCAUUACUUUGCACAUGUAAAUCAGGAAUGGAGAAAAGGUUAUGAGGUUCAAUCCUCUCGCACGGGAAAUCAUAUUUCUGAUCCUUCUCUCUCUCAUGUUAUUGUCAUCUCCAUUUCUGGAGGUUUUAAUGAUUACCAGGUAAGAUCAAAGUUGGAAUCCCUUGAUGGUAUUGUGCCCCCCACCCACGGAUUUACCAUCAGUAGCACUGGCAUGAAAAAUGUUUGGCUGUCCAUGGAACACCAGGUUAUUUUAUGGUGUAAUCAACUAGUUGUACAGGUGUCACACACUCUUCUCAGUUUGAUAGACCCCAAAACAAAUCAACCAUUUCCUGGCACUCAAAGAAGAGUUGCAAUAUUUGCAAAAAUACUUCGUAGUGGUAUUCCACAGAGUUUUAAUUGGAUGAGGAGGUCACAAACAUUUCAGCAGUCAAUGCAUGUUCCCUUUCAGGAUAAAUUGGAUAAUUCUGGUAUUAUUAAUAUUCACCCUCUUUUUUUUCUUUUCUCUCCUGAUAAGUAAUUUUUUCUUACUGUU